AUGGUGCGUCAGAGGGCUCUGCACAAACCACUCAGUCUCCUGCUGCUGACACCCCUCUGCCUUCUGCAUCGAGGGGCCUCGGGGCAGCCCCACUUGACACGCAGAGCCCCUGACGAGGAGGCCACAGCCAUUCAAGGAGUGCGGGGCGGCUCUGUGGAGCUGGCCUGUGGCUCUGGGCCCGCCCCCCUGGUGGUCUUCUGGAGCUUCACUCCCCUGGGCUCGCUGAUUCCCCGACCUGUGGCUGUCACCAAUGGAGCAGAGUCCAAGGUGGAGGCCGGGGCCUCCGCGCUGGGGGCCGUGAGUCUUUGGAACAGCAGCCUGGUGCUUCAGGAGCUGCAGGAGGGCGCCCGUGGCCACUUCCUGUGCCAGGCCCUGCACGCGGCCGGUGGCCAGCUCCACACCACCUACUCCUACCUCACUCUGGCCGUGCUGGUGCCCGUAUCAAAGCCUCAGGUGAGACUGAGUGACCCAUCCCCAGUGGAGGGGACCUCCGUGGUGGCCACAUGUGCAGUACGGGAGGGCACAGAGCCUGUGACUUUUGCCUGGAGACAUCAGGCACCUCGAGGCCCUGAGGAGGACCUGGUGGAGGUCACAGGGCAACUGCUUCAGCUGGACCCAGUCAACAGGACGCACCUGGGCUGGUACGCGUGCAGUGCCCGCAACGCCGUCAACCGGCUGAGCAGUGAUGGAAACUUCCUCGAUGUCGUCUAUGGUCCAGACAAUCCUGUGAUCACGGUGGAGCCACUGGGCUUGACUGAGGAGGGUUUCUGGGCCGGCGAGGGGGAAGAGGUGACCCUGAGCUGCCGGGCUGCAUCCAACCCCCCUUGUCACUACGUGUGGCUCCGCGACCACACUCAGGUCCAAGUGGGGCCCGCCUACACCAUCGCCAGCGCCAGCCGUGCCCACACAGGCCUGUAUACCUGCCUGGCCCACAACAGCCGCCUGGACACCCACAGCCAGACCACCGUCAGGCUCACCAUCUACUAUCCCCCUGAGGGGCAGCCCUCCUGUUCUGCGCUUCCCACCCUUGGGGCUGUGACCUUGGUCUGCGCCUGGCAGGGGGGGCUCCCAGCUGCCCGGCUGCGGUGGGAAGGGCCCCGGGGAACUGGCCCUGCUGCUCUCAGCAAUAUCACCUGGAGUCGUGGCACCACCCAGCUCCCUAACGGCGGCGUUUUCACCUGUGCCGGCGAGCACCCAGCCCUGGCGCUGCCCGCCCUCUGCAGGAUCACGCUGUGGGAACCCCUCCGGAGCCCCAUCUGCUGGACCACAGCCACAGUUGGAGACCAGUUCAUCAUGCUGAGCUGUGAGUGGCCUGGAGGCGAGCCCCGUGCCAUGCUGAGCUGGCUGGAUGGACAGCAGCAACCCCUGGGCACCACUAGCCCCUCACUGGCCAUCCACCUCCUGCAUACCCAGGACGAUCUGGCUGGCCGAGAGUUCACCUGCAGGGGCAGUCACCCACUCAGGGUCCCUGACCCUCACUGCCGGCUCCUGCUGGAAGCCCCACAGGUGGCAGUGGCUAAGCCCCAGGUGUCCGUGCUGGAAGGGGGAGAGGCCUGGUUGGGGUGUGCCCUCCUGGGGGGCACGCCACCUGUCCAGCUCCUCUGGCUGGGACCCCAGCGACAGCAAGUGGAAGCUGGCCCUUCUGGAUUCAUGCUGCACCCUGAGGGGGCCCAGCUCCACCUUAGCAUCCAGGAGGCUGACCCAGCACGCCACAGGGGCGCCUACCAGUGCGUGGCUCGCAACGCCUUAGGGAACAGCAGUCGGAGCGUCCUGUUGGAGGUCCUGAGAUACCCAGCUCCUCCCAACGUCACCAUCAGCCGCCUGACUUACGGGAGACACCGGAGGGAGGUGCAGCUGCAGUGGGCCGUCCGAGGCCCUGGGAACCUGACGGGCUUCCUGGUGCAGCGGAGGGCCAGUGUCCCGAGCCCAGGAGCUGGGGCUUGGGAGACAGCAGCCAGUGACAUUGAGCCAGAGAGCAGGGGCCGGAGGCUGGGGGGCUUGGACCCAGGUGUCCGUUAUGCCUUCCGCGUCCUGGCUCUGAAUCACCACACGGCUGGACAUCCCUCUGAGGUGAAGAUACCAGUAGUGGCACCAAAGCCAUGUAACCAGCGCUCUCCCCUCCCAGCGGAUCCACCCUUCAGCGCCUAUCCAGCAGUGCUGGGUGCAGCGGGCACAGGAGUGGUGGUGGCAACGGUGGCCUCUCUACUGGUGUUCCAGUAUGCUGCCCGGCACCCGGGGACCGUCCCCUCGGUUCAUCCGGGCUCCAACCCCCAACCCCAGCCAUCUGAGGCCAUCCCCAUCUAUGCUCCCGAGUCUCUAAUACAGGGCCUACGAAGGAAGGGAGGGCUACUCUCCAAGGACCUGUGGUGGAUUGCUCAAGUUAACACCCCUUCUUCUUUUCUUUUCUUCCUACAGGCCUUGGUCGGUUGCUUGUUCCCAUGGAGCAAAGUCAUCAAUACAGGGAGUCGAGGGAAGGCCUUGAGGAACAGGCAGGACAAGGCUGCCAUGCCUCUGGAGGACCUGCUUCCAAGAGGAGUCCUGACCCAGCUUGUGGAACCCGGAGGUGGAAGGAUGAGGAAGACCCACAACUGGAGAAGAGACCAGGCGGGUGUCCGAGGGCCGGGGAGGAUGGUUCUGGGGACGGUGCCUGGCGCUCUGCCGAGCAAGCCAGCUGCUGGCGCACGAAGCCUGUGA